AUGAAGUUCGGUGAAUCGCUUUCGAGACAUAGUGCGCCGGAGCUGAAGCCCUACAAUCUCGACUAUGAUGUGAUCAAGAAGGAGAUUAAGGCUGUUACGUCAGAAAACGGUUGUUCUAGGGAGCGGGAGGAUCGGUUGUUGCAGUUGUUGCAGGAGGAGUUGAGACGAGUUGAUGACUUCGUUAAAUCCAAAUCAGGAGAAAUCGACCGCAGAAUCGCCCACAGCCUCAAAUCCGGCGCCAACAACCGUGCAAAACCUAAGCAACCACAACUAAAGAACUUCUUCAAAUUUGACGAUGAGUUGAACCGGUUGACGCAGGAUGUACGGUCGUUGGCACGGUAUAUCGCAGCACAGAGAGAGGGAUUCAGGAAGUUGGUGAAGAAGCAUGCAAAAUGGUGUACACGGCACGCGCCCGGAGCCGACAGUCUCCACGGGCGGUUUGCGCCGUCGCUGCAGAGCCCAGAUGCGUUCCAUAAACGGGUUGACUUUGGACAGUGGUUGGUGCAGUUGGCGUCGUUGCACAAUGAUCGGGACCCGAGUGUACACAAGCCUGGCUCGGAGGUCAGUGUCGCGUCUGAUGCCUCACUUGCUCCAGUCAAUAGGAUCACGUAUUGGGUGCACCCGGACAAUGCUACGGAGUUGGACUUUGUGUUGUUGAAGUACAUGGCUCUGCACGUCCCGUCUUCGUCACGGAAGACCGCGAUGCAGAGAAUGCGGACCGUCUAUCUCGAUACUGACAAUCUCGACAAGCUAACAGAGGCCUCUGGAAAUGCGGGCAAGGUACAAGUUCCGACGGUGACUUGGGGCGAAGGCUCCGAGUUAUUGGAGGCUACGAUCACGUUACCCGAAGAGGACGGGCAGAAGAAGGUAGUGCGUGUCCCUCGGAAGCACGUGGAGCAGUAUAUCAGAAAAGCGGCAGAUGAUCUUGAUUUCUACGCUAUUGCAAAUGAAGGCGGUCUUGAUCCUCCAGCGAAGUUGCAAGAGGCGCAUACAGCUAUUAAGUCUGCUGAUCUUCAGCCUGUACUGAAGGCUGCGACGAGAAGGACGCAGUUUGCCCAGUUCUCGCAUGAGACGGGGAACGUGUCGGCUUUCCUCGACAGGGAUAUUCGUCUCCUCCGGAUUGAAAAGGGGAAGCGGAGGUGGGUGUCUGAGGAGUCAGACAAGGGCGGUGAGACGUUCCCAUUUGCUGUACUCGAGGUUCAGUGGCAUGGUGGACUGCCUCCUUGGCUCCAAGAGUUGACGGCAAGUCAUCUUGUAGAGCUUGUGGAUGGGUUUUCGCUAUAUGUGCAUGCGGCUUACAGAUUGUUGUCGCCAAUCAACGUUCAAGCACCGAGCUGGAUGAGCAGUAUCGAUCGCGAUAUCAGGAAGUUACCACCGAGUUCGCGUGAGAUGAGGAGGAAGAAGACACAGUUCCUCACGCCUACGGAGGCUACGAAUGAAUCUAUCGUCAGUCCUGGCUUGGUCAGUGGUGCUUCGAGCCGAACACCGAGUAUCCGUCAACAACCCAGCGUGGAAGUCGUUGGACAGCGGUACUGGAACGAGUUUGAUGAUGAAGAGCACGAGGAGGCGUGGACGGUGGAGGUUCCUGCGGAUGAUGAGCGGACUGGGUUGUUGGGUGCGUGGGGACGGAGGCGGAGUCGUGUUAGCAGUGCCACUGGGACGGAUGAUGAUAGCGAGGAUGAGCAUGGAUUCGGUGAUACCCUGAGAGUGGCAGGUCGGAGAGUUAAGCUCGGCGUGCAGAGGUCGUAUAUGAGCCUGCGGACAUUGUUUGGGGAGCACGAGAGUGUCUUCCACCCAAGUGAAAUCGAACAUGGACGCGACCCAGAACACUCCGACCACGAAGUCUCAAUUAUGAAAGCACCCGUCCGUAUCCGCGUUAUCCGCGGCUACUUCCUCUGCCUCCUCCUCUCCCUUAUCGUCUUCAGCUCCCUCACCGGCCUCGGCGCAGGUCUUCGAAUGGGAUCAGCAUAUCAGAUCGUUAUCUCAGCCGGUGUCAUGAUCUUUAUGUCGUGGGCUACGGUGAGCUUUUACGCUAUGCUGCCGAAGGAGGAAAGGAAGGGAAGGUGGAUUGGGUGGGCUGGGUUUGCGCUGACUGCGGCAUUGUGUCUUGGUGUGAGUAUUGGGACAGCGUAUGAGGUCAUUCCAUGA